CCAGGUUAAAAAUCUCCCGCCCCAAAAAACGCGACCCUUUCUACUACUUCCUUUUCUACUCGUCUCGUUUUUCUUUCUUCCCUCACUCUCGAUUGCUGGGCUGAUUUUCCUUCCCUUAUAUUCUUUUGCUUAGGACGACGUACAGCCAGCAGCAGCACCUUAAUCAAUAUCCCACACCCCCCCUUUUCCGAAAAAAAAGUACUACCUACUACUACUACCAAGUAGCCUGUCUCUCCUCCUCCUCCUCCAUGCCGGCUCAUCAUCACCCAUGAGUCUUCUCUCUAUGCAGCAUCAUCCCCAUCACCAACAGGGCCCGCCACCUCCCCAGCAGCUUCACACCUCUCGCCCGUCCAGCGUUGUUCACCAGCAGCAACACUCAAGCCAAACACAAACCCAGUCCCAGUCCCAGUCCCAGUCCCAGGCUCAGACGACACAGGCUUCCCAUAGCCCCUAUCAGUCCAACACUUCCAACAACCACUCCAUCACACAAGCCUACCAGAGCGCCUCGCAGACCCCGAAUCCGCAGGACUCCUUGAACAACUACUACAGCCACCCAAGUCCUUACAGUACACCAGGUGCGACGGGCGGCUACACGUCCGCCGGCGCAGAUACAGCAGACAUGAUGGCGGCUACGCAAAUGCCAAGGGCUCCUUACCCUCCCAUGUCCUACCAUACUCCUCAGUCCAACUCGCCCGCCUCCGUGGCCUCGCCGUCCCAGCAUGACCAGCACAGGAGCAUCUACGGCCAACAGGCCUCGCAGCACAUGGCGCCCUCCAUGUAUUAUCAACCUCACCACCAAUACCAACCCAUUCACCCGCACCCAUCCGCUUCUCCCUACGCUCAGCACGCCCACCACCCUCAACAACCUAUGACAUCCCAGCCGAAUAUGAUGCUCUCCCACUCUACGCCCCAGAACCACAUGGCCCAGCAGCAGCAGCAGCACCAGGGCCACCACGCCGCUCACCACCAACAGCAGCAGCAGCAUGCUCCUCAACAACACCAACAACACCACCCUCAGCAUCCUCAGCAUGCCCAGGCUCACGCCCAGGGCGGCAUGAACAACAGCCCGCGACCAAAGAUGGAGAACCAGCUGCCUCUCCAGCUCUCCAAGCAGCCCCAGGCUUCUCUCAACGGCGGCCACCCGCAGCAACACCAACAGCAGCAGCAGCAGCAACAGAUGCAGAGCCCUGGUGGUGCCGGCCACCCCGGCGGCAUUCACCCCAAUGCUGCCCCCGGCCCGAUUCCCGCCACGACGCCCCUCGUGGUGCGCCAGGACGGCAACGGCGUGCAGUGGAUUGCCUUUGAGUACUCGCGAGACCGAGUCAAGAUGGAGUACACGAUCCGCUGUGACGUCGAGUCGGUCAACACGGACGAGCUGGCUGCCGACUUCAAGCAGGAGAACUGCGUGUACCCCCGUGCAUGCUGCCCCAAGGAGCAGUACCGUGGAAACCGCCUGACAUAUGAGACGGAGUGCAACCGUGUCGGCUGGGCCCUUGCACAGCUCAACGGCUCGCUCCGCGGUAAGCGAGGCCUUAUCCAGCGCGCCGUCGACUCCUGGCGCAACAGCAACCAGGACGUGCGUCUGCGCAGUCGCCGCGUCCGCCGCAUGGCCAAGAUGACAACCCGCAAGCACGGCCAGCCCAACUCCCACUCCGCCUCUCCUCACAUGCCCGGCCACCCGAGCCCGGCCUCUCUCGCCAGCGUCCCCGGCUCGCUCGGCGGCCCCAUUACGCCUCUCGACACCAAGAUCAUGAACCCCAUGGGCCAGCCCAUGCACCACCAUGCCACGGGACACCCCGGUGCCGGCCACUCUGCCGGCGGCGAAGUCGACCUCUUCCACCACAUGUAAAAAAAAAGAGUGUCUAUAAUACCCCUCUAAAAGAAAACAACUUGACCAUACCAUACCAUUUAUAUGAUAUACCAAUUCCGACCAACCAGACCAGCAAAAAUGGCCACCCUUUCUUCUUCUCUGUCUACAGAUAUCAGCCUGUCAGUCUUGAGACGCAAGGGACCAUUUUUGCAGCUCUGCUCUGCAGGAAAUAAAAAGUUUUGCCCGUUCGUUUAUUUAUAUCCACGAGCAGAAUUUCGAGCAAUUCGAUCGAUUUCGUCCUUUUUUUUAAUGCGCUGCUUUUGUUUUUUAUUUGGUGGAUGUGUCGUUGAUUUGUUGUUCUCGAUGCUUUUUAUUUUGCUGAAAUUCUGUCUAUUUGUUCUCAUUUGUUGGAAAUAACCGGACUUGCAAACUCUCUCAUUUUUUGUUCCUUUUCCUUUGCGCGACCAAAUUUGUUGACAUACAUUCAAAGUCUCACUACUACUACAACUACUUACUACUUUACUACAUAUACUACUACUACUCAUAACUCGACUGUUGUUAUUACCCCUGCGUCCCCUGCGUCAUUGGACCGAAAUACUGCCUUUUUGUCUUUUGUUGAGAUUUAUACAUGGUAUAGAGGAGCCCUGGUAUCUUUCUGUCAAGAUCUACGGCAUCCCCUUCUGUCGAGAUCUACGCAUGGUACGGAGGAGCCCUGCUCUAGAAUACAUAUGAUGGAAGACCACCAGAUUCACUGCUAUCAAGAUCUACACAUCGCACAGAGGAGCACCGCCUUCAUACCGUCAAGGUCUAUACAUCAAACCCAGGCGCAGCGGAGGGAGUACGCGGUUGAGUUUCCGAGUCUUGGAGAGGCCGUCGUUUUUUGUCUGUUUGCAUUUGUCUUGUUUUUGUUGAAAGAGAUACCAACCCGUGAUGGGAAGGGGGGGAGGAGCAUUGGAGACGAGUUAUUUAAUCGUGUACAUUACCACCGCAUGGCAUUAUCUUGGAAAGGAAAGUUGGCGGAAGUGUUGACGAGGUGGUGGUAGAAACAGCAGCAGUGUGGCCUGACUUUUUGAGUGUCUUUUGUCUUUAUAUCGAAUAUCCCCGUACAGUAAUUAAUAAAAAUCCGUCAAGUC